AUGUACCGUCGUCCUCGUGGUAGCGGUACUUCUGCGGUGGUUUAUGACGGGACGACGGGGUUUGAGGAAGGAGGAAAGAGGAAGGAGGAAGGAGGAAGGAGGAAGGAGGAAAGAGGAAGGAGGAAGGAGGAAGGAGGAAAGAGGAAAGAGGAAAGAGGAAGGAGGAAGGAGGAAGGAGGAAAGAGGAAAGAGGAAAGAGGAAAGAGGAAAGAGGAAGGAGGAAAGAGGAAGGAGGAAGGAGGAAGGAGGAAGGAGGAAGGAGGAAAGAGGAAAGAGGAAAGAGGAAGGAGGAAGGAGGAAAGAGGAAGGAGGAAAGAGGAAGGAGGAAGGAGUAAGGAGUAA